AUGAAUCUGGGAAGGCAGUCUAUCAGUGCGACAGUCCCUACCCAGAUUAUUGAUGUUCGCCUCGACGCCGAUUGCAACAUCUUUACGUGCUCGACGCCGUCUGGGUUUGCUGUCUACAGGUCAAAUCCACUGACACUCGUCCGUAAACGCGAGGUGACUGGCGGCACACUAUCUAUUAUCCUUCCACUUCACUCUACUUCACUCCUAUUUCUCGUCGGCGGUGGAGGAUCGCCGCGGUAUGCACCGAAUAAAGUCAUCGUCUGGGACGAUGCCCAGGGAAAGGAAGUAGCUGAACUCGAGUUCAAUGACUAUGUGAGAGGAAUCGCGUGUCGCCGAGGGUUGCUCGUUGUUGCACUCAAGAGACGCGUGAUUGCCUUUGAGAUUACAGACACGGUCAGAUGGCUGCGACAGUGGGACACGGGAAUCAACGAGAAAGGCUUGGUAGCGCUCGCCACAGCGCCUGGAGCUACGCUCUUGGAUCACACUCCAGGUACCGCAAAGGCGACGCGUCCUCCCCCCGUCCCCCCCAUCCGCCGUGAUCCCGUGACUUAUAUCGUCGCCCACACUUCAUCACUCUCGAGCAUUUCCGUCUCAAGAUCAGGUCACUAUGUGGCCACUACAUCAGCGGUCGGCACUUUGGUCCGAAUUUGGGAUGCGCAAACUGGGCAAAAGUCUCAUGAAUUCCGUCGUGGCACAGAUCAAGCACAUAUCUAUGGUGUCGCAUUUCGACCUGAUGAAAAGGAAUGCUGCACAUGGAGUGACAAGGGAACCCUCCAUUUCUUUUCUCUCGAGCGCACUAAUCAGCUGUCGUUGAUGAGGCAUAUUACUGCCCUUUUACCAGUGCAGAAUAACUACCUCAAUUCGGAGAGAGCAUACGCAAAGUAUUAUUUGCCGACGCCUCCAGCUCAUGUAGCUCAUUCCAUGUCUCAAACAAAUCGUUUGGGCACAGCUCAUCCAGAUGCUGGUGACGAAGAGAAAUGGACAGUGGGAUGGAUAGAGGUCCCCGCGGAUACGACCCCAUACUCCUCCCCAGUCAAGACGGCCACACCUUUGCCCUCUGUACACGGAAAUAAAGGUAGAGGACGCGCAAGCGUUCCUGGAUCGCCACUUCGAACAUCUAUUGAUCGUCGAGGGGCUCAAUCACCAACGUCCCCAACACGAUCCCAUCCAAAGUCGCCCCCUCCACCGGAAUACCAACUCGUUGCGCUCACCUACACAGGUGGUUGGUAUCGUCUGUCGUUGCCCAAGAGUAUUGAGGAGCCAGAAAGAUCUGGUACACCAGAGCCAUAUCAGAGGGCUCCCCAGAGCAAGUAUCCACGCCGAACAGAUACAGGUUCGGCUGCGGGAGGAAGCUCUCAAAGCCCUCAAUCUCGUCAGGAGGAAUUACGAAGACGGAGCGAGCCAUCGAGGCGACGGAACAGCGACGCGCAGCGUGUAGACGGGAUGACGUGCCAAGUGGAGGAGUUUAGACGAUUUGGUCGGUGGGAUGGGUGGGGAUGA